UAUGUCAUCAGUCACACGCAGCUAGAAACCAGGACCCUGCAGCUUUCUGUCUGGCACUAUGACAGAUUUGGACGCAACAGCUUCCUUGGGGAGGUGGAAAUUCCAUUUGAUUCCUGGAACUUCGAAAAUCAGGGCGAUGAGUGGUUUGUGCUGCAGCCCAAGGUGGAAGUUGUGACAGAUGUUGGGCUUCAAUAUAAAGGAGAAUUGACUGUUGUUUUACGUUACAUUCCCCCAGACAGAAACCUAAUGCUUCCUCUAGGGCAGUUUCAAGGAAAGAAGAGCUUUAAAAAAGGAAAAAAGAGAGACUCUCACAUGCCAUCUGGAGGUAUAUUAGAAGUCCUUAUCAAAGAAGCAAAGAAUUUAACAGCAGUGAAAUCAGGAGGCACAUCUGACACUUUUGUGAAAGGAUACCUGCUCCCGGACGACAGCAAAGCUACAAAACACAAAACUCCCAUCAUAAAAAAGAGUGUGAAUCCCCAGUGGAAUCAUACCUUUGCUUUCAGUGGACUGAAUUCAAGGGACAUACGUAACGUCUGCCUAGAAUUGACUGUGUGGGACAAAGAGUCACUCUCCAGUAAUAUUUUUCUGGGAGGUGUCCGUUUGAGCACUGGAAAUGGUGUCAGUAACGGCAAGGAGGUUGACUGGAUGGACUCUCAAGGGGAAGAGCAGCACCUCUGGCAGAAGAUGAUUGACAGUCCAGGAGCUCCUGUGGAGGGGAUAUUAAUGCUGAGAUCCAGCAUGGGAAAACGCAGACCCUGA